UGUUGGCUAUCUUUUCGUGUUUGCUUUUGUUAUCAAUCAUGGCCAUCUCCAAGGGAAGCAUGUUUAUCUUUGUUGGCAUUCUCUUGUAUUGUAUGGGCAUGAUUGAUAUUACAAAUGCAACACGAUUCAUCCAUUAUGAUCCUCUUAGAGGAGAUGUUAGUCCUGGAUGCAGUCCUACCCAUCCUGAACUUUGUAAAUUACAUUCUGCCAAUCCAUAUAAAAGAGGUUGUACUUCAAUCGAUCGUUGCAGAGGAGGAAGUGAUAUCAUAGAUGACGCAGAAAUGAUUGUUGAAGGUGAUGCAGAAAAUAAAAUCAAAGAUAGUAAAACAAAGAUUCUUAAGAGCGAUACCAAGAAUGAUCUCAUUGGUGGUGCAGAAAAGAUUGUUAAAGGUGAUGCAGAAAAUAACGUCAAAGAUAGUAAAGAAAAGAUUCUUAGGAGCGAUAUGAAGAAUGAUCUCAUUAGCGGUGCAGAAAAGAUUGUUAAGGGCGAUGCAGGCAAGAUUAAUCCCUAAGAUCCCAUUCAUAAAAUGAUGCAGUGAAAUAAAUUAUAUAUUUAUUUCUUUAAUGCACAUAUUUAUUCAAUGAUGGAUGCAAUUUAA